CAAAAAAUCCAGAGCCGAUCUUUCGGGACCUCCCGCGAAGCCUGCGAUGACGAAGGACAUCAGUCUCAAGGCGGCCUGCGCCGACUCCUUCUACUAUCCGCAGGAAUGGGCUCCUUCCAGAGGCUCUCUGGACCAAUUCCAGCGGAGGCGAGGCUACGAGCACCACUUUGGCAAGCAGCGCACGAAGAACCUCAACAAGGGGGUGCUUCUGAUACGCUUCGAGAUGCCCUUCACGGUGCAGUGCCUGCGGUGUGAACAUUACAUCGGCCAGGGCACGCGCUACAACGCGGACAAGAAGAAGGUUGGCAUGUACUUCUCCACCCCGCUGUACGAGUUCGCCAUGCAUUGUGGCAACAUCGUCAGCCCUGAGAAAUCUGCCGACGGUUCGGCUCACUGCAAUCAGCGCUUUGUCAUUCGGACAGACCCGAAAAACGAUGACUACGAGCUUUCAGAAGGGCUUCGGCGAAAGAUGGAGUCCUGGGAUCACAAGGACUCGGAGACUUUGGAGCUUCCAGACCCUGAGACUCGGAGGAGGAUGCAAAACGACCCCAUGUUCCGGGUGGAGAAGACCCAGCGUGACUUGCAGAAGGAGAAAGACGAGAAGGAACGGCUGGCUGACUUGCAGGAUUUGCAGGACGACAGGGAAGACGCUUAUGCCUGGAACUGCGUCCUGCGCAAAGCGCAUCGACUGCACCGAAAGGAGGAGCAAAGACGAGAAGAGGAGGAGCGGCUGCGGCCCAAGCCGAACUUCGCGGUGCCCUUGGCCUCGCCCUGCGAGGAGGACUCUGCCGAGGCAAAGGCCGUCGCCUUUCGAACCGACCACGACAAGAUUGAGGUGGCGGUGAGGCGAGUUGCUUUGCGAGCCCAGCCGGUGCUCAGGCACCGCCCAGAUUCGAAGGCCGUGUUGGUGGCAGAGCUGGUCGCGAAGCGGAAGCGGCUGCUGCAACACUCCAUGGUGGAGCUCGCCAUGCGCAAGAGACCACGAGGCUGACCUCAGGGCUGCAAAGAACAGCAGCAGUUUGC